CUGUGUUUUUAUAAUGGACACCAGAUGUGCAUUGAGGUACAGGUUGAACGUGUUAUAUAUUACAAUUGUAAUUUUUAUAAUGCAAAUACUAUUUAUUUAUAACACUUGGAUAAUUCACUUUCAAUAAAGCUUUUCACAUUCUCUACUUGUUGAAAUGAAGUCUCUCAUUUGAUGAAAUACUACACCUAUCCUGUGUCCUCAGAUAAGUGCAGGUGAAGGAAAGUGGAUGGUGAGAUGAACCUGUUUUAGAGAAUUUCCAUGAUGCAAAUCACUGGUGAAAGAGCCAUUCAUUUGGCUUGCUGAUUUUUGAUACUGUUACUAGUACUUUUUGAGCUCCAAAACAUUAUCUGAAUUCUUCACCUCAGGAACAUUGGAUAGUGAGCAGAGAGCCUCAUUCUGGUGCACACAUUUUUGCAGUGCCAUCUAAUCAUUUGCUCAGUUAAAAUGUAUGUGAACCCACAUGUCAGGAUCUGAUAUAAUGGCAGGCAACAUUUUAGGCUUUACAUGAGAGAUUUGCAAUUGUUUCAUAGUUUUAAGUACAUUUUUAAGCACUAGUGAACGAGGAGACGUUUUGGAGCCAAAUAAAUGUCUCUUUUAGCUGAACGUAGCCAAAUUAUGUGGCUCCCCGAAAAGAUUCAGAAUGCCCAAGCGUACUACAAGAAGCAUGGCUUUCAUUUCUAUAGAAACUCUCAGAUCCCGCCCAUUAUAUUUUCUGCGUUCUGAAAGUGAAAUUUACUCACUCUAAGGAUAAGUUUCAUUUCUAUAGAAACAUGAGUUACCCAGUGACAUCACAGAUCAGCCUUUGUAAAACUCAGUUUAUCUUACCCUUGUUUUGUAUCUGUCCUGUGUACUGGUUAUGUGUAUGUAGGCUACAAGAAGCACCUGUUAGUCCGUUUCAAUCCUGGGAUCUGUUGACAGAAACGAGAGAAACAAACACAGUCAAGACUAGAUUCUGGUGGUAGGCUGCACAAGAAGGCUGGCCAUGGUUGAAAGGGGCAUCCUGGGUUGUUUCAUCUUGUGUCUGUCUCUGACCUCAGUAUGUGCUGUCAAAGGAACCCUUAAAUCAAUAAAGGACCUCAAGGGAAUAGUUUGGUCAAACCUUUCCUCGACACGGCCUCAUGCUGCUCCACUGGCUAGCCAACAACAUUUACAUUGACAACAACGGCAACAUGAGACUCAAUUUCAACCCAACCAGGGGAGACUAUGGCUUUCAUUUCUAUGGAAACAGACCACCUUCAUUGCCUUUUCUGCUUCCUGAAAGCGGAAUCUACUACUCACUAGGGAAUAUGAACUCUAUUGGCUCAAUGACGGCACUUCCUGAUUAUGUCACGCAAAGUUUCUACAACUUAAGGGGACCUGAGAACAACAGGGACAGGGUCAUACUCAGAGUUAUGGAGGAUGGGUCCAAUCAGUUCAUUGCAGACGAGGUCUAUGUCACACAGCACUAUCCACCAAAUGAAAACAGAGGAAGUGCCUAUGAUCCAGACAAUACAUACCGUGUCAAUGUCAGCCUCCUUAGACAAAUCCAAAGUCUACCAACCAUUGACCAAAAUGACAUUCCACGUAUAUAUAAUGUAGAGAUCAACCACAACAGUUUGCAAGAACUGGAAAACAUCUGGGGACACACACCUGGUCUGGCACUUCUUCUGGCUAUUGUAUUGUACUUUACACGUCCCAAAACCUUAUUUAUUAAGGAGCAAGCUCUUCGUUUAACAUCUCAACCCCAGAGUGGCAUGGAGGAUAAGGAUAAUGCAUUGAUUAAGCUUGGUGUGAAAACCACAAAUAGAGGAAAAGCCAGGAUCAUCUGGAGUGGGAUCCCCAAGAGGCUAUUAGACCAGGGUUUAAUGGUGGUUCUUCAUAGGAACAAUAACAGUGACAGUAAGAGCGAGCUGGACAGAUCAUCAGUCGGGGGCCAAGCCACUGGGAGCUAUAACACCUCAGUACACCUUAACCCUGGUCUCCAGGUCCGGCUCCAUAAGGAGGUAAAAUCAUGGUGGAAUUACUUGGGGUUUGGGUCCACUAUUGGAGAGGAGAUCUGGAGAGGUUCUGAGUUUCACGAUGCCAACCGAGAGAUUCCUGCUGAUAUUAACGGACAUGACGCCAGUCUGCAGCUCUUCGUAAAGGAUGGAAAGGCCUGCGCUCGUCUGUAUGUAAAGAAAUCCUUCACUGCCUGGAAGAAAACGUUUCAUAACUCCUGGGUUGGGUUCUACUCUUCUGGGUUGGGUUCUACCCUGGAUUAUAACACCUGGCAAUGGGCUGUACAUUUCUCUGAGGAAAAAGGCUCACAUCAGGCUGAUAUACCUGGGUAUGACGUCUAUGUGUAUGAGUCUAGUAUGACCAUGUCUCCUGGGGUCCAGGUCAGAUUCAUGAUGGAGAAAUAUGGGGGUGAAAAGGCACGCACUCCACCCUGGGAGAGACUGGUCCAGUGGUGAGCUCACCUGAUAACAUGAUAUAUGACGUUGAUAUUCUCAUUUUUAACGGCUUGUGUAACUGCUUUUGUUAAUGUUUAACAUUUAUCUACCCUGCUUUUAAUUUGGUUUAAUUGCUAAUCUGUGUAAAAUGUAAAAGAUAAUCUGUUCCCAAAAAUCCCUUCUGUUCAUCUUUCUUUGCUAUUUUGAGGGGAUGACAAACAUGCUGUUGGUGUGGGUGGAUGGCUUGACCUGUUCUCAUGACAAACAUGCUGUUGGUGUGGGUGGAUGGCUUGACCUGUUCUCAUGACAAACAUGCUGUUGGUGUGG